GUCAGAUACUCCACAGGCUGCAGUACUUGUUAAUAGUAGUAGCAAUUGUAAUACUUCACUGUGUACUUUAUAGUAAUAGCAAUAGUUUUUAAGAUGAAAAGUUGUUUGCUUCUCUCUCUUCUGUGCGGGGCCGUGGUCGCUUGUGCAGCUGCCGCUGUUCCAGUGGAAGCUGCGGUGCAAGAAGAUGUGCCUAAUGUUUCUGUCCCAGAUGGAGACGUGUUGACAAAAGUAGACACUGAACCAGUUGUGCUUGAUGAAAACCUGUUGAAAGAAGUAAAAACCAUAGCCUCUGAACCACUUGUACCUGAAGCAGUGAAAGCAGCUGUUAAAAGCACUCCCAGCCUAUUGUCAAAUUCACAGCCUCCUACUCCAGUUGUUCAAGGUGUUGCCAAUACAAACUGUCCUAUUGGAUGGCAGCAGUACAAUGGCGCCUGUUACCUCAUUGUAAACCUGACCUACUCCUGGACCAAUGCAGAUGCAAUGUGUCAGAGUCUUGGGGCAAGCCUGGCUUCAGUACAUAACCUGUGGGAGUACAGCUUCCUGAAACAGCUCACCUGGAGAGCUGGAUACUUAACCGCCUGGAUCGGAGGAUACCGCUUCCAGGGAUUCUGGAAAUGGGACGAUGGCUCUGCUUUUGACUACAACAACUGGUAUUACUUGCAAAGCUCCAACUACGAUUGUGUAUUUCUUAACAGCCAAGACUCAAGAGGUUGGUCGAGUGAACGCUGUAACCUUCUCCACCCCUUCAUCUGUUCCACUAGAUACACCCACUGUUAAAGAACUGUUAUUUUCUUUUUUAUAUAUUGUAUUGUGCAUCCGAUUUAUAACAGUUAAAUAA